GUUUGAUGCUCCACUUGCUAAAAACAGGACUGCCUGUUGAAAGCUAUACAUAUUCAUUUUGCGUCGGUUUCUGCGUUGUAUUGCGUUGUCGGACGAAUCAAUGGGACCUUCCCCAAACCGCAAGCUUUUAGCUCCUAAACCGCAUGUUAUACAACUCUCCUUGCAGGUUUGAAGUGCAUAAUACCCAGUACGCACAAGGCGGACGACGCAGCGUGAAUGGGCCAACAGAGGCCCAUGUUUCUCAUACGGGCCCUUUGGAACCCAGCUCAAUAGCACUCUCUGAGCAGAAAGUUUCUUUUCAGGAUGUCUUGCCUGAAACUCUCCCCCUUGCAAGCCCGCUUCGCGGCAUCUCUAGCAGCGACUCUUUUCAUCAUCAUCGUCCUCUACUUCGCCCUCUCGAACCCAAGUCUCGCAUAUGCUAUUGACGUUGACUCGAUAAUAAGCAAAGAUCAUAACCAUCCAAUAUUGCGGGAUAUCGGCUUUCCUCCCGGCCUUGAUGACUUAGCUCUCCAAACCAUCCCGAGUCUGGACCUGGAUGCUGAUGCCGCGGAUACAGUGGCUUAUAUCUUGCGAAGAGCUCCAGGAACUGCCAUGGCUUUAACGAAUAAUGUUCCUGAGGAAGGAGAGUUGGAUAUGGGCGCGACACUUUAUUUUUGGAUAUCUAAGGAAACUUUGGCUGGCCCAAAGUCUAACCCUUCCGCGGGACUCCCUGGGGAUAAUGAGAAUGGAUUUCUAGAUAAUGUUUUAAUAGUGGACGAGACGGAGUUGAAGCGGCCGAAUGAUACGCUGGCUAAACGAGCCACAAAAGUGUAUAUAUCUGCGACCACUUGCUUGCAACCUACGUUCAAUGCGACGAGAGAAUCGCAGGAUGUGGGACCGCCACAAUUACAGCUCAAAAUUUCCACAUCUGGGAAUAUUGAACAGCCAGCUCCUGGAGAAGAAGACCCGGAUUUGCGGGUCAUAAACUUUGAUGGUGGCUAUGCGGGCACCGUCGUUGAAGCUGAAGGGGAUAUCCACAUGGCGGUAUCCGCGCCAAGAGACAAUAAAUAUUUCGGCUCAUACAAAUUCGAGAUCGCAGCGUCGAUUGAUCAAUGGUUUCAUGAAGCGGAAUCUAAUAUCCCUUAUCUAUUCUUCGUCGAUGGCGAUAGCGAGUCAGCUUUGCUUCAGACAAGGGAAACAACUAACGCCAACCCUGACGAUGAAAUUUACAAAAAAUGGAUGAACCUUGAUCCGCCACCGUUUACAAUGUUUGCCCACGAUAUGAAGGAUAAGUCGAUUUUGGGUGUACAAAAAUCGUACUGCGGGCUUAAAGCCAAUGCGCAAAUUCGCAAGGACGGGGAUAAUGUACAGGUCAGCAUGACCAACAGGGGCCCCAAGCACAAACCAAAAGAACAGUUCUAUAUCCGAGGCCUAAAUAGUAGUUCAUCCUAUUACGGGUUUCUAGCAAUAGAGGGCAACUCCACUGAUUCUGGCAGUGGAGUAGUUGGCGGCGGCGGCAAGGUUUGGAAACCCACGAACUUUACCACCAAGGCAGAAAACAACUGCGCCAUCCUACACGACCUCGAAUUCUGCUCAGAAGUAGCAUACGCCGUCCCCUCCAACCCAUCCAUAAGCCGCACGGACCUCGCCAAAAUCUAUGACACCCACGCCCGCAACCUCUACAAAAACUUCUCCCGCUCCCUCGCCCAAAUCCCCUGCAACACCUCCGACACAUCCCUCUACUCCCUCGCCCGCAACUGCACUGACUGCGCCGCCGCUUACAAACAGUGGCUCUGCGCCGUCACCAUCCCCCGCUGCGCCGACUACUCCAGCACCCUCCCCUUCCUCCGCCCGCGCAACACCGCCCAGGCCUUCCCCAACAACACCGCCAUCGCCCUGGACAGCCCCCUGCGCCAAAUGGUGCUCUCAAACUCGUCGCGCAACGCGCUCAUCGACAAGGAGAUUAAACCGGGCCCGUAUAAAGAGGUCUUGCCCUGCCAGGACCUCUGCUAUGAGCUCGUGCAAAGCUGUCCUGCCGCGCUAAGGUUUUCGUGUCCGACGGGCCGGUGGUUGAAUGACUCUUACGGGAUGAAAAGUCCCAAUGGCGAUGUUACGUGUAGUUAUUUUGGGGCGGUGUAUUUCUUGAACGGGGCCGGUGGGGUUGCUGGGGGUGGGUUCAUGCUUGUACUCGGCGGAGUUGCGGGCUUUUGGAUGGCGUUUUGGAUGUUAUAGAUUCUACAUUUUGCGUUUUCUUGCUCACUCUUUCUUUCUCUCUCGCGUUAGCUUUAGCGAUUCUAUUUCUUAUCUCUUUUGGCCGAAACUGGUAGGCAUGGAGGUGUGUUAUUAUCGAUCACAGAUAGGAGGGGGGGUAUGUAAGUCAUUGAGGGAACGGGGCAAUGGGUUGCCUGAUAGUAUAAUUACUGGCUUGUCUAAGAUCGCCGGGCUUUCCACAAAGCUCAUCGUCCCACCAUUUUUUCGGCACUUUGUUUGAAAACCGGUGUGGUAUUGCGAAAUAUUCAUACCCCGGCAAUGCUGUUUACCUUGAUCCCCUUCUAUCAUCUACAUCCAUUUAAAAUCAUUCUAUGGUUGCAGAAGGCUCCGGGGGUUCGCUCUUUUCCAUAUCUCGGUUCUCUGUUUUCCCUCUCAUGAACAGGAUAGUAGCACCUUGGUUACACCAACAAUACACUUCUGUAAUAGACCAAUUACUUACUUCACUGAAAGUAGCUAGCUAGCUACCACAUAUUUUUACUCAACAACGUUCGUUAUAAUCAAUAUUUCAUGGUCCUUAUUAAACUCCAGCCUACUACCCCAAGCAGGAACAGUUCAAACAUAUAAAGUUCCACCUGCGAAUAAU